CUUGGUUAAUCCAGAAGCAGCAUCUUCAGUUACAAAAUUUUAAGAGACACAUGAGAAAUUAGAGUGCUGCUUGCACAUCUUUUGACUUCCACCUACCCACAAGGUCUAGGGCAUUCACAAUGAGCAUUAGUGAAGACGACGUGGAGAAGUUUCUUGAUGGCAACCCUGCUUUUGCCAAGCAGUAUUUUGAGAAGAAACUAAAAACGGAGUCCUGGGAUAACAAUGAGAGUGAAAUACUUUUUGAGUUGAUCCAAGACAUGCAAGAAAGCAUCAACAUGGAGAAAGUGGUUUUCAAGACCCUGAGAAGAAUCAGGUCCCUUAUUCACGCUGACCGCUGUAGUCUCUUCAUGUACAGGCAGAGAAAUGGCACUCCUGAACUGGCAACAAGGCUUUUCAACAUCCAGGAGGGAAGUACUCUGGAGGAAUGCCUGGUGGCCCCAGACUGCGAGAUUGUCUAUCCACUGGACAUAGGCAUUGUGGGCCAUGUUGCUCAGACCAAGAAAACCAUGAACAUCAAGGAUGUCCGUGAGUGUGCCCAGUUCAGCCCAUUUGUUGAUGAGCUCACCGACUACACCACAAAAAACAUCCUUGCAACACCCAUCUUGAAUGGCAAAGACUUGGUUGCUGUCAUUGUGGCUAUAAAUAAGCUGAAUGGCCCACACUUCACCAGCUCUGAUGAAACACUUUUUCUGAAGUAUCUGAAUUUUGCAUCCUUGAACUUGAAAAUUUAUCACUUGAGUUAUCUUCACAACUGUGAGACUCGAAGAGGCCAGGUGCUGUUGUGGUCAGCCAACAAGGUUUUUGAGGAGCUGACAGACAUUGAGAGGCAGUUCCACAAGGCUUUUUACACGGUGAGGGCAUACCUGAACUGUGACCGAUACUCAGUUGGUCUCCUGGACAUGACCAAGCAGAAGGAGUUUUUUGACCUAUGGCCAGUCCUGUUGGGAGAAGUACCUCCCUACUCAGGACCUCGAACCCCGGAUGGCAGGGAAAUAGUCUUUUACAAGGUCAUCGAUUACAUAUUACAUGGAAAAGAAGACAUUAAAGUCAUCCCAAAUCCUACCCCGGAUCACUGGGCACUAGUUACUGGACUGCCAACCUAUGUGGCUGAAAGUGGAUUUAUUUGCAACAUUAUGAAUGCUGCUGCAGAUGAGAUGUUUAACUUUCAGGAAGGUCCUCUAGAUGAAUCCGGAUGGACUAUCAAAAACGUUCUCUCCAUGCCAAUUGUGAAUAAAAGGGAAGAAAUUGUUGGUGUUGUCACAUUUUAUAACAGAAAAGAUGGGAAACCAUUUGACGAACAGGAUGAAACCCUCAUGGAGUCCUUGACACAGUUCCUGGGCUGGUCUGUACUCAACACAGACACGUAUGACAAGAUGAACAAGUUGGAGAACCGUAAGGACAUUGCUCAGGACAUGGUGCUCUACCACGUGAAAUGUGACAAGGAUGAAAUCCAGGAAAUUCUGCCAACACGAGAAAAGCUGGGGAAGGAGCCAUGUGAGUGUGACGAAGAGGAGCUGGCAAGCAUUCUGAAAGAAGAGCUCCCGGGGCCCACCAAGUUCGAAAUCUAUGAGUUCAGGUUCUCUGAUUUUGACUGCACUGAGCUGGAGCUGGUGAAGUGUGGCAUUCAGAUGUACUACGAGCUUGGCGUGGUGAAAAAGUUCCAGAUCCCGCAGGAGGUUCUGGUAAGGUUUGUGUACUCUGUCAGCAAAGGCUACCGGAAGAUAACUUACCACAACUGGCGUCAUGGCUUCAAUGUGGCACAGACCAUGUUCACACUCCUGAUGACUGGCAAACUGAAGCGUUACUACACCGACCUCGAAGCCCUUGCAAUGGUAACUGCGGCUCUGUGCCAUGAUAUUGAUCACAGGGGAACCAACAACCUCUACCAAAUGAAAUCUCAAAAUCCUUUAGCUAAACUUCAUGGAUCCUCUAUUUUAGAGAGACAUCACCUGGAAUUCGGAAAAUUCUUGCUCUCUGAGGAGUCACUGAAUAUAUGUCAGAACCUCAACCGCAGGCAGCAUGAGCAUGUGAUUCACCUGAUGGAAAUUGCCAUUAUAGCCACAGACCUGGCACUCUACUUCAAAAAGCGAACGAUGUUUCAAAAGAUCGUUGAUGAGUCUAAGACGUACGACAGCGUGACUGCCUGGACUGAGUAUCUGUCCCUGGAGACAACAAAGAAAGAGGUUGUCAUGGCCAUGAUGAUGACUGCCUGUGACUUGUCAGCUAUCACAAAGCCUUGGGAAGUCCAGAGUAAGGUAGCUCUCCUGGUAGCAGCUGAGUUCUGGGAGCAAGGAGAUUUGGAAAUAAGCGUCCUUCAGCAACAGCCCAUUCCGAUGAUGGACCGAAGGAAAGCUGCUGAGCUUCCGAAGCUUCAAGUGGGUUUCAUUGACUUUGUGUGUACAUUUGUCUAUAAGGAGUUUUCCCGUUUCCAUGAGGAAAUUCAGCCUAUGCUUGAUGGUCUGCUGAACAACAGAAAUGAGUGGAAGACCCGUGCUGAUGAGUAUGAUGCAAAAGUUAAAGCACUGGAGGAAGAGAAGAAAAAAGAGGAAGAGAGAAUGGCUGCAAAGAGAGGUGAAAUAACCUGUAAUGGAGGAACAGCUCCAGCUUCCAAAACCUGUAGCAUACUUUAGACCUAUUCUCACUGAAAUAUAUGCUACACAAAAGGAGAACACCCAAUAAAAACAACAACAACAAACCAAAACUAAACAGCAACAACAACAAAAAUGAAAACCCAAAAGCCCCCAAACCCCCCAAAAGCAAAAAAAAACAACCAACAACAACAACAACAACAACAAAAAAAUCAUGGUGUACAAAUACAUUCCUGAUUGGACUAUUCUGAUAAUUUAUUAGGCUUGUGACCAACCAGGGAAGGGCUAGAUCUUGUUUGCCUUAAUUGCAUCUCUUCCUGAUGGUAGGGAGCCAGUUCUGUCCUGUCUCCUGUCCUCCAUUUAAUGUAUCUGAUGUCAGAUGGCAUGUGACAAGUCAAGACAGCAUUUGGCCCAAUAAAUCAGGUUGUAAGAUUAUGGAACAGCAUUUUUCCUGCACUGAGAAACUUCUUAUCCCAAAGCUGAUGGGGAUAGUCCUGCUCCGUACAACCUCCUGAGAGUGACAGUGAAUGCAACCAUAACCUUCAGAGUGGUAAAAAUGAAAAAGAGAUAAAGUUAUCAUAUCUAAGUCUGUAUCUGUCUGGACAUCAGAAGGACGCCUGAGGGUAAGGAUAAAGCAUGAAAACUGACCACAGUAAACCUUUGAACUCUCUAAAAGAUUAUGAUUCCACUUAAAUCCAAGAAACGCUCUGACAGAUAAUACAUCUGCAUUCACUUCAAGAAUCUGGAUAGGUUGCUAUCCCAAAGCAUGGAGCUAUUCAUGCAACACACAGUAGCUGCCUUCUCUAGGAGCAGGACCCACAUUGUAUACUAACUGAAGCUUUAUUCCUUCAUGAAUAAUUUUAAGAAGACAGUGUUAUCAUUACCCAUCACAGUUCCUCUUACAAUUAACCAAGCAACCUGAGUUGUGAGACCUCAUAAAUUUGUUCUGUUUUGCCUCGUAAUGCUGUUACUUAACACAAUGGAUCAGAACUAACUGUCCUACCUUUCCUCCUCCUGCUCUGAGAUGUCUUGUUUUUAGAUAACAUGCCAGACUUGUAACUCUUAUUUCAGAUGAAAGUAACUUUUCAUGUUUAUUCAUGCAAAAAUAGAACAUUCGAUUACA